AUGUCGGCAUCUGCAUCAAACAAACCACAACCAGGGAUUUACUCCCAGGACGAGGCGUUCUGGGACAACUACCUCAAAGGACGCCCCAGAGCCCCGGACAAGUUCUUCGACCGCAUAUUCAAAUACCACGAAGAGCAUGGCGGAAAGUUUGACACCGUGCACGACAUAGGCGCCGGCAUCGCACCUUAUGCCGCCAAUCUCCGGGGCAAGUUCAGGCACGUCAUUCUCUCAGACAUCGCGCCGGGGAACAUCGACAUCAUCCGCCCACGCCUCGGCGGCGAUGGCUUCAGCUACCGCGUCUCCAGGGCCGAGGAGGCCGACGACAUCGAGCCCGCCAGCAUAGACAUGGUCUUCGCCAGCACCAUGUUCCACUUCUGCGAUCAGAAAGCGGCCAUGGACGCCGUGGCGAGGCAGCUGCGGCCCGGCGGCACUUUUGUUUGCUGUCUCAUCGGGGGUGCACAGUUUGAAGACCCGGCCCUCCAGGAUCUGUACACCCGCUCCGUCCAGGCCGGCUCCAGGGCACACCUCAGCAAGGCCGAGGACCCGGAGCGUCUGCUUCGCGUCCUGGAGCGAGCAGGCGUGAUGUACAAUGUUGCCCCGCUGGACGAAGAGCACUGGGUCCCGGGGGCGAAGAGGAUCCAUAUCAACCUCGGGAAAGAGGGCUUCCCGGACAUGGUACCGCCGGGCAUGCACCUCGGGGAACCGCUAUAUACGGGCCCUAACGAUGUCGAAUCGUUCGAGUAUGAGGAAGGUUGGGGCUUCAGGAUGGGUCUCGACCAGAUCAAAGAGCAUAUUCAAUCAAUGGCCUUUCCCAAGUCUAGUGAAUUGGAUAAGCUAUUGCAGGAUUGGGCCGAUGCGGUUGGAACGAACCAGGUUGAUGGAUGCUGGCCAUGCAAGCUAAUUCUAGCAACUCGCCGCUGA